AUGAUUACUAUGAUUGCCUUUAUGACUACUCCAUCUCCAUUCUCUUUUAAAAAAAGCAAUUAUAGUAAUGACAAUAGUAGUAUUCAUUAUUUCAAUAUGGUAGGAUCAUUAAUAUCAUUUAUUGUGGUAUCAGUUAGCUUAUUUGAUAUGAAUAUCAAUCUAUUAAGAAGGAGAGAUAGAGAGAGAAUCAAUGAGGAAAUAGUGAAAAUCAACAAAUGGAUUAUACCAUAA